CCGAGGCGGGCCCCCUCCGCCUCCCCCCGCCCAGCCGCCGCCUCCCCGGAGAAAUGGAACUGGGCGAGGCGGGCGCCACCUCCCCUCCGCGGCGCUCCGCCCGGCCUGACGUGGCAGCAGCAACCAGCCGCCGCCGCUGCCGCCCUCGCGCAGAGCUGGUGGCCGAGCGGGAGGUGGCGGAUGGCGCGCCCGCCGCUCUUGCUGCUGCUGGCCCUGGCUGUGCUGUCGAGAUCCGGACGGCUGCGCGGCUUCGAGCUCGACUGGCGCCGCCUGGAGGGGCUGGCGCGGGGGAAAGUGGAGAGCUGUGGAGGAUGACGACUAAACCGCCUGCAAGAGGUGAAGGCCUUCAUCAAUGAAGACUUGCCUCUGUACCACAACCUUGACAUGAAGCAUCUGGCUGGAGCGGACCCCGAACUCAUCCUGUUGAAUUUCAAGUAUGAAGAGCUUGAGAGAAUUCCACUGACUGAAAUGACCCGCAAAGAGAUCAAUGAGCUGGUGCAAAAGUUAGGGUUCUACCGGAAGGAUAGACCGGAUUCACCUGUUCCCAAAGAGUUCCAGCUUGCCCCUGCCAAGGGAGACCGUGUGGCAGAGAGCAAAGCUGUGCCCCGUCUGCACGAGACAGGAUGAAACCCUCUGCUGAAAGUUCUUGGUGCUGAGGGUGGAUAGUCAGCGUCCCGUCAGGCAUGGGAACACGGCAUGCUGGGGAACACACUCAGGGCCCCCAAACCCACUAUCAGUGGUGUUUAAGAACAGUAAACCCCCCUAAAUCGA